AUGUCAACGUGUAACAGCGAAUUGCGGCAUCCCAACGUGGUGCUGUUCCUCGGCGCGUGCCUCGAACAGGGCAACGUGUUCUUCAUCACCGAGUUCGUGUCCAACGGCAACCUGCACGAAAUGGUGAGCGAGUUCAAGCCGCCGUGGAUCAAACGCGUCCAGUUCGCCCGCGACAUCGCCCGCGGCCUCACCUACCUCCACGAAAACGAGCCCACCAUCCUUCACCGCGAUCUCAAGUCCCUCAACGUGCUCAUCGACGAGAACCUGGUGGCCAAGGUGGCAGACUUUGGUCUGUCCAAGGAGAGCAACAAGACCGCUGGCGUCACCGUGGGCGAUGUCGGAACAGUCAACUGGACUGCGCCAGAGUUGAUGGACGGCGGCCGGGCGUCGAAGGCGGCCGAUGUGUAUGCCUACGGCGUGGUGCUAUGGGAGGUCAUCAAGGCGCUCUCCUGCGGCGAGCGCCCGCCCAUCCCACGCACCUGCGACCCCGACUUUGCCCGCCUCAUCACCGACUGUUGGCAGCAGGACCCGGCCCGGCGGCCCACCUUCAUGGACAUCCUGGCCCGGCUCGAGGUCAUCUGGGAGCGGGUCAAGCAGUCCAACGACGCCGUCGACCAGAUCGCGCUCCAGAUGCAGCGCGCCUCCCAGCACAAGGCCGGCACGAUCGGCGGCGGCCCGAGCCCGCGGGCGUCGAUCACGGCCUCUUUCGCCUCUGAGGGCGCCAUGGCGGGGGCCGCGGCCGCUGUGGGCCGCAAGCGGAUUGAGGGCGCCGGCGGGCUGGUGGUGAACAAUAGCAAAAACCGCGGCCGCGAGCCGAGCCCAGGCCGGCGCAGUCCGUCGCCGGGGGCCGGCGGCGACUACGACGACAGCGGCGGGGCCUACAAGACGGCGCCGGGGCAGUACGGCCGGAGGGACGAGUACGAGUAUGACCAGGAGGACCAGCGCGGUGGUCACGCCCGCAGCAAGUCGGCCGAUACGCGCCAGAACAAGCCGGCCGAGAAGAAGGAGAAGUCCAAGACCCUCAACCGCGACCGCGACCGCGACCGAGACCGCGACGGGCGCGACACCCGAGAGCGCGAGCGAGACAGGGAACGCGAACGCGAACGCGAAAGAGAACGAGAACGCGAUCGUGAGCGCGAGAGGGAGCGCGAUGCGAGAGAGCGCAAUGCGAGGGAGCGUGAUGUGAGGGAGCGUGAGAGAGAACGUGAACGCGAACGCGAGAGGGAGCGAGACAGAGAGCGUGACAGGGAGAAGACGCGGAAGGCGGGGAGCGGAGAGAAGAAGGAGCGCGACGCGAGGGAGCGGGAGCGGGAGCGGGAGCGGGAGAGGGACAGAGAGCGAGACACGAGGGAUGCGAGGGACACGAGGGACUCGAGGGAUGCGAGGGACAGGGAGAGGACGUCGUUGCGGAAGGGCGAGAAGGAGCGGCUGAAGGAGAGGGAAGCCAAGCGGGAGCGGGAGCAGAAGUCGGUCGACGCCAUGAAGGAGAUGGAGAACCUCUUCGACAACAACUUCUAG